AUGCUAAGUAGAUUACUGCUUCAGAAAAUAAACACCACAUGGCGCACACAUAUCGUUUCGAUUUCACCAUGCUUACCUAGUAUUCACAAAAUUUCAGUUUUGCGAAAAGAUCUUUUACUCCGCAACAAACACGAUAUUAUCUUGAACUGGCCCGCCUUUGCAAGUAAAAACUUCUCGCCUGUCGUCUUUCGAGUCCACAAGCCGACGAGAGGAGCUCUUAAAAAAGGACUUUCUUGGAGAAUCAAAACUCCUGCCAGCGCUGGACCUAAUGUUGGACCUGCAAAGAAUUCUAACGUAUCCAAAGGUACUAAAGGGUCUUCCUUUUUGAGCAGAGUUUUGGAAGAGCUGAUUCUCUUCAAAGAAGAUUCAACUAGACCAGUAAGUGGCAAGGACAAAUCUUCUGGUCCCUGUAUUCGUCAACAGAACAGGCCCAAAAAGGCAAUGGUAGCUAUUCGUCCGAUUAAAUCUACUGAUAGUAUGGAAGAGAGUACAACUCCAAUACUUUUUGACAAACUUUCCACCAACUUUGAUUUGUCAUCCCAGGUUCCAAAGCUCAUUAUUCACAUGGAUGAAUAUGUCGCCGACGAUUCAAGGAUUAGUACACGAAUCCAACAAAAUUUCUUCCCCAUGAACCUUGAAUUGCUGAGGCUUCCGGUGAAGAGAACGAGAAUGGGAUUCGAAGAGUGGGAAAUUGUUCUCGGCGCGACUGUUAUUCAUGAUAUCGCAGCCUUAGUCAAGCUUAAUGAACAAUACUACAAUUGGGAUCGAACAUAUGAAGCAAUUGUAAGGUGCGUAAAGAAUGAUUAUGUUCAACUUGAGUUUGAUGUCCAAAGUCGCGAGGGAUUGUCCUUUCCUUCAAUCAGUGCGGGAGCUCGAUUUCUCGUCAGAUAUGGGAGAUGCAUGACAGCCGAAGACUCUAAUGCCGAGUUAGAGAAUGAGGAAGACAAGAUUGAAAAUGGUAAAACUCCAGAGGAAGUAGAGAUUGAAGCCUCAUCAGGUGCUACUAACAUCACUUAUAGCCAAGAAAGUUCUGAAACCAACGUGAUAGACGAGGGCAACGGCGAGCAAGCCAUCUAUGGUUCCAGCGAAGAUGAAGCUGCCAUCCAAGACGUCUUCAUUGACGGAAGCAAAGUCGAUGUUCAACUAAAGGUCUUGAGCAACCGCCUUGCUACAACACGACAACUUAAAGCCAUUGGUAUGAUUGUCGAAAAUAAAGCUAGGGACGAUACUUACGGACGAAUUCUUCAGAGAAUUAUCCUCGGUGAAGUCAUCGAAGAUGCUUUACCAGCUACAAUUAGUCAAGGCCAACCCGGAACUGGUAAAAGCUUCACUGCCGCUGUUACAUGUGUUGGAAUAGCACAACUUGGCUACAAAGUGCUACAUGCCACACUCACCAAGGCAGAUGCAGAAACCGUAUUAUUAUCAAUCUUCAACGCAACUCAGAAACUAUUUGAAACUGUCGAUAACCAAACAAUUCGACGUAAAGCCAACAAUUCGGAAUUAAGCAACACUCUCCGCACCAAAGCACGCAACUGGCUCGCAACACUCCAACGAGUUCGAGAAGGAAACCCCGUAGCAGCAGAACGAUUCGUUAAAGAAGAAAUCAACGAAAUAGAGGAAGUUGUUAGGGAUACCCAUACCAAAAUCAUCAUCUCAACUUGCAACAAUUCUGCAGCGCUUCGCGAUAUGGGGUUUCAACCACAGGUGGUGGUGAUUGAUGGUGCAUCUUCGGCGAGAGAACCGGAUGGUAUUAUUCCACUUAUAUUUGAGCAAGCUCAUGUUGUUCUGUAUGGAAAUGCGGAGAAGAAGAGGGUGCUGCCGUGGGUUAGAUCUUUAGGAGGUAAUGAGUUUGGUGCGCAGUUGUCGAGGAGUCUUUUUGAGAGACUGGUUGGGCUGGGGAAUAUUGAGGUGGUGAGGCUGGAGUAA